AGCCGGGUUUCCAAGGAGACGCCUGGAGGCACCGUGGCUGGUUCGCGACGAACAAAUUCAUGGCGGUCCAUAAGCCGGUCCUGGAGCUGAAGGAUGUUCCUCCUCCUCCUCCCCACAGUUCUGCCCCACAACCCCUCCCACUGCCCCGCCCCUGUCUCCAUCCUCUCCAGGACUCCUGGUCAACGCCACAAGGCAGCCUCACAGUAAGCGUGUGUUCCCGCUGCAAAUCGAGCAUCGGUCAGCAGCAUGACUCCAGCAUCGGCACGGGUGGAGGGUUUCCUCUGUAUCUUUCUCACUCACAAACAGACACUUGCACCGCUCUUCAUCUCUCCCCUCUCGCCCAGCGGGGUACCAGUACGCCUCUCCAGACACCCGGAAGCUUCGAGCGACCCUCCGCGGCGACCUGCUGCCACGUGCCCUGCUGCUCGGGUGUGAGGCAGCCACACGUUUGUCCUUCCCUCUCUAAAGUCACGGGUGUCUGUCGCUGUUCCCGUGACCCCAGAGUGCAGCAGCAGUGCCCAUUUUCACACGGUGACCCACCCUCACCCACUCACCUCUGCCCCAGCGCACUUCACGUCAGUGCUGAACGCACUCCAUUCGGUGUGAAGGGUGCUCGCUGCUUUCACGACUGCUGGAGAAAGAAUUUAAACGCCGAGUCUGAGAAGGUUUGGCCGAACAUCCCCCCUCCUGUUCCUGCGCCAAUGUGUAAUGGCUGUGGGGUGGCAGGAACGUCCUCUGAGGGUCUGCUGGGUGCCAAUCUCACCAAGACCGCCCAGAAAUACGGUUCUUCAGAGAGCUGCGUUCAGGACGCGCCGCCCCCUGUUGGAGUUUUCUGGGACAUCGAGAACUGCGCUGUACCCAGCGGGCGCUCCGCAGCGACCGUGGUCCAGAGACUACGAGAGCGUUUCUUUCAUGGUCAUCGUGAAGCGGAGUUCAUCUGUGUGUGUGACAUCAAUAAAGAGAACAAAGCUGUCAUCCAGGAGCUGAACAACUGCCAGGUGACGGUCGCCCACAUUAAUGCUACAGCUAAAAACGCAGCAGACGAUAAGUUGCGCCAGAGUCUGCGGCGAUUUGCUGAGACGCAUGCCACACCUGCCACUGUCAUCGUUGUCUCAUCGGAUGUAAAUUUUGCCAGCGAGUUGAGUGACCUGCGGCAUCGUCACGGUUUCCAGGUGAUUCUGGUACAUAAGAGCCAGGCCUCGCCCGCCCUGCUGCAGCACGCGCACCUCUGCGUUCCAUUCGAGGAGUUCGUGUCGGACCUUCCUCCCGGGAUGGUCGUCAAAUCGCAGCCCAGUUUCAGUCUUCUGUUUGUGCAUCACCUCCCUGCUCAUCGUGACGGCAAAGUCGUCGCAAACCGCCUGCAGCGUCUCUCCAAUAACUGCGGUGGAAAAGUGUUGGGCGUGUCCGGCAGCAGCGCCGUGCUCAGAUUCUCCAGCGCUGAAGCGGCCGAGCGUGCCCGCAAGCGCAUGGAGAACGAAGACGUCCUGGGCCACCGCAUCACGGUGUCGUUCUCCCCUGACGGGCCGGAGGAAGAGGCGGAGCGUCCGCCUCCCGCCUCCUCUUCAGUCUUCCUUCCUCUGGAGAAGCCACGGUCGCCCCGUCGCCGGCGACGGGCAUCUCGAGCGUGGCAGUUGGGUCGAGAUGCGGGAAGCCACGUCGCAGAGCGUCCCUAUAGCCCCAGGAAAGCAGGCCACGCCUCCUCGUGCAGCCCUGUGAUGAAACCCCUCCCCCAGGCAGCGUGCGGUGCGGCCCGACCGGCUUCCUCGUCGCCUCAGAGUCACAGCCUCCUUUCUGCGCCCGGCAAACCCGCGGACCAGUUUCAGCGUGGCCGGAGGCGAGAUUCUCCCGGCCAGUCAUUUCAGGUCAGCACUCCUUCAGCGUUCAGUAAACUCAGUUUACAGCGAAGCUUCAGUCCCAUGAUUCUCUCUCAGAGCUCGUGGUCAUCACGGAGUGCCUCCCCCUGCCUUUCGAACCGAUCGUCUCCACUCAGCGCUCAAUCACCUGUCAGCUGCACUGAGGGCCCUUCGGAGCCUUUCUCUGAUGGGGCCGACAUCCAGGUGACAAACCUUGACUACAGGAUGUCUCGCAAAGACCUGCAGCACAUACUGAGAGAUGCGUUCGCUAAACACGGCCGAGUGAAGAGCGUGGAUCUCAGUCCUCACACUGACUAUCAGCUAAAGGCGCGGGUGCACAUGAGCUCACUGCAGCAGGCCAUUGGUGCCAUCAGUCUGCUGCAUCGCUACAAAAUCGGCAACAAGAGGAUUCACGUGUCGCUCGUCACUGGAGCCAAUAACAAACCGCUGUCCUGUCUGAGCUCACAGAUUGUCAGUGUCCUGCAGGAUGCGCCUGCCAACUGCCUUCCACUCUACAAACUCACAGAGACCUACGAGAGAAAGUUUGGUCGUAAGCUGGCGGUGAGUGAUUUGUACCGUUUGCCGGAGCUGCUGUGCGUGCGUGAGCAGGCCGGCGGGCGACUCGUCUGUCUGCUGUCCAGCACUCAAGCCCGGCAGAGCCCGUUAGGAUCGGCACACUCUCAUGACAGCUCCAACACGGCCAGUCCGGUUCUGUUCGAGGAACUCGAGUACCACGAGCCGGUCUGCAAACGACACUCCACCCAACAGGACUUCAGUGAAUCAGACUUUGAUCCAGAUGCUUACAUCAUCCCGUUUGUUCUGGUGUCGCUUAAAGUUCUGGCUGCUCAUGUGCACAGUUUACUGCAGACUCACGAAGGGACCAUACCACUGCUCAGUUUCCCAGAAUGCUAUGCAGCAGAGUUCAGCCCUUUGACUGUUGUGGAAGAGGGAAAGAUGGAGGGCAGCGUCCCGUUAGAGCAUCUCAUCGCCUGCAUCCCUGGAGUCACCAUAGUAACGGCACAGAAUGGCUUUAAAAUCAUCAAAUGGAUUCAUAACAAACCCCCUCCACCCAACGCAGAUCCGUGGCUACAGCGCAGUAAGAGUCCGGUUGGGAAUCCACAGCUGAUUCAGUUCAGCAGGGAGAUGGUGGAUCUGAUGAAGAACCAGCCGUGCUGUUUGAUGCCCAUCACUAAGUUCAUACCAGUGUAUCACCACCACUUUGCCAAGCAGUGCCGUGUGUCUGACUACGGUUACUCCAAACUUCUGGAGCUGCUAGAAGCCGUUCCUCACGUGCUGCAGAUCGUGGGUUUGGGUUCCAAGCGUUUGUUGACGUUGACUCAUCGCGCUCAGAUCAAACGCUUCACUCAAGAUCUGCUGAAGUUGUUGAAGUUUCAGGCCAGUAAACAGGUGCUGAUCAGCGAGUUCGCACAGGCGUAUCACUGGUGUUUCUCUAGGAACUGGCAGGUGGUGGAUUAUGGGAUGUGUGAUCUGAUGGAUCUGCUAGGCGAGAUUCCCGACACGACGAUCGCGAUCGCUCAGCAGGAGUCUGACACGCUCAUCUCCGUUCCCAAGAGAGAGCGCACGGCCGAGGAAGUGGAGCGUACGCGACAGUUCGGGAAGGAGGUGGUAGAUCUGCUGAGACAUCAGCCUCAUUUCCGCAUGUCCUUUAGCAAAUUCAUCCCGACGUAUCAUCACCACUUUGGACGUCAGUGCAAACUCUCCUACUAUGGCUUCACCAAACUCGUGGAGCUCUUUGAGGCCAUUCCCGACGUUCUUACGGUGUUGGAGUGCGGAGAGGAGAGGAUGCUGACCCUGACGGAGGUGGAGUGCAUUAAAGCUUUAGCAGCUCAGCUGGUGAAAUUGCUUCGAGCCCAGAGAGACUCGGGACUGCCUGUCAAUCAGCUGUUGAGUGAAUACAGCAAGACGUUUGGAUACGGCCUACGCCUGCAAGACUACGAUGCUAACACACUGCUUGCCCUGCUCAACAAACUCUGCCACGUGGUGAAGGUAGUAGACGGUCACGAAGGGAAAGAGGUACAGCUGAUUAACAGGAAGUCCCUGCGCACCUUGACCUCCCAGCUGCUGGCACUGAUGAUGUCACUUCCAGAGGAUUGCGAUUAUCUCAGAGUAGAAGAGCUAAGGAAGCGUUACGAGCUCAUCUACGACACGCCGCUCAACCCCUGCGAGUACGGCUUCAUUUCGCUUAGCGAGCUGCUCAAGAGUCUUCCGUACCUGCUGCAGCUGUCUGAAGGUGAGGAUGGUGAUGCCGAAGAGUGCGUAAGGUUGACCAAGCUUUAUCAGUUUGCCCGUUGUGUCCGUGCGCUGCUCCACACGUACCAUUAUAAUCAAAUCUUCCUGUCUGAGUUCUGGGCAGCUUUCAGUAAAUACACCGGCACAAAGUUCGAUCCUCAUACUUACGGCUGUAAGACUUUAGAUGAGCUGCUGGCUGCUAUACCACAGGUCGUCUGGAUCAAAGGCCAUGGGCACAAAAAGAUCAUAGUCCUUAAGAACGACAUGAGAGCUCGUGGAAGUCCUGUGCACAAUGGAGAGAAGAGCCCUCAUCCUGAUGAGGAUAACCGAGCCGUCGACAGUCCGACCGGCGGUGAGAUGGAGCUGCUGUGUCUGGGUUCAAGUUCUCCUGUAGAUCUGUUGUGCGGCCCUGUCCCGUCAUGCCUCCCGUCUCCUCAGCUACGGCCCGACCCGGUGCAGCCGCAGCCCAGAGAUCUGAUCCGCUUCGAGACUCGUUCACACACUCGCUCUGAUCGCGAGCCGAUUUAUGAUUGUCAGCCUCGGUCUGUCAAAGGUCAUCAUGCACCUUUAGCUUCUGAACCCCGGCCAGAUAUAGACGGUCAUCUAGCGAGCGAACCGCCGGAGUCCAAAACAUCUGCCACAGACAGUCCCGGCCGCAGAACGGCACGCAACAAAGUUAAACUGGCGGCUAAUUUCUCCUUCACACCUGCCCUCUCGGUUUAAAGCUGUGAUACGCUGCACAUGUCAUUGUGCAGUGACGUACGGGUGUUCACGUGCUCUGCAUUUCUGUCCCUCCCGUGGUACUCGUGUGUUAUAAGGGACAAAGACGUUAUGUGGCCAGUUUUCAGGAGUAAAUGUUCUGUUAUCAGACUUUGAGUUUCACACCAUUGAUGUGAUCAGCACGAGGAGCAAAUCGACCCAUCGCCGCUUCUCCAGAAGUUGUUUUUAUUUUCUCAAUGACUAGUUUUCGGUCAUUUGGUCGUUGCCUGAAAUGAGCCGACGGCAGCGUGACGUGAAGGACGUGAGAGUUUCUGCAAUCGAAACUCCGUCAAAGUAAAUGAUCUCUGUUCUGCUGAGACAUCAUCUGGUUCUGUGCAGCACAUGAGGUUUGCGUUAUGAAGGUGGAUUUGAGAUGUCAAACCCCGUCUUUAGUUUCUGAGAUAAAGUCAACCGUUCAGAUGACCGAUGGAAACGUCUGAAAGAGAUCAAGUUCAUAUUCUAAAUCAUGUUUAUUGAAUCUGUUAAAUGAGUGUUUAGUUUUAAAUCUCAGGUGGAUAUUUGAGGAUGUCCACACGUAAUGUGCAGAAUUAUGAGGUCUCUCUGUCUUUCACGAGUCCACACCAACCUUGAAACCUGUCGAGAAGCCCCAUACGUUCUGUCAGCUGCUGGGGUCCUGCAGUUUUCAGAUGUGUUGUUUUUUUAGUUGAGAAGUUGGUUUGUAAGUUGUAUGCAGGUUGUGCAUAAACCCGUGUUUAAAAAGCAUUUGUUAGUUUUAUGUGUUUAGAUAAUCGAGUCAUGUUAAUUCAGCGAUGCUCGUGGGCGUAGCUCCUCUGAAUCUGCUAAGGUUGUUCUCUUUAACCUUGAGUUUGCCUCUUUGUUCAUUUUUGGCGUGUGACUCUCUGAGGACUUGAGCCUGGCUUUUACAAUAGCUUGUAUUAGUCGUGGCACCACGAGCGAGAGAUGCCAGCCGCGUGAGCUCUCUUCUGUUAAAGGUGGUUCGUGGAUGCGCAUGUGGAGCAGAGGAUCACGGGUCACUUCAGAAAACAAACGUCUGUCGUUGGUCUGCUCAAUUGACGUCAUUCAAAACACGUGCUGUCCCAUCUUGUAUGACUUUUUGUUUCAUUGAGGGUUUUUUUUUUGCUCCAGAUGUCUCUUGAUAACCUUUCAGUUUAAACGUUUUUGGGAAGAAUUCUGUGUGGUACCAGCUAACUCGGGUCAAGAUAAAUUAGAAGAUAAAGUCUGGUUUCUCUAUGCAUGUUUGCAUAACUAUUGGCUCUUGUGGUGUUGGAUGGAUAUAUUUGGAUUUGUUAUGCAGAACAUUUAUUCGGUGUUAAACCACAGCAGAAAUGUAAUGCGUGUUAGUAGAUCUGUGCGUCUAGCCGUGUCUAGUUGUGUUUUUGUGUCUCUGUAUAUCUGACACAGUUUCAGUAUUUAUGUCUGUAAUUCUCUCAAGCAGCCCAUACAGACAACAAGACCCCUCAUGAAUUCAGAAGUGAUCUGAUUUAACCUUGAGUUGGAUUAAUGUGAAAAUGAUAUGAAGUAAAGGGUCGAGACGCUGGAGGUCUUGGCUUGUGGUUUUAGUCUUUAGCUCCACUGAAAACCCUUUUAGGACUUUUAUUUUUGUGGAAUGACCAAAUGAUUUCUGUUUAGAGUAAUAAAUAUCACAAGCAUCA